AUGACCACGGAGUUUGUGCCUCGUUACCUGCCCGUUAGGUACACCACGGCAGUUUGUCCUGCCGAAGAUAAAAGUUGGAUACAGACAGGUACCCCCGUGGGGCUCGGACCGCCGACACAAUCCGGUGGAACAGGGGGACGGCCCUACAGGAAGCAUCACAAGCAUCACGCUGCAGAAGGCCUCACUACUCUCUCAGUAAAUACCCAGGACUCCGGUUGCUUCACAGAGUUUGAAUCCAGCGCUCCGCCCACGAACACCCUCGAUGUGGAAGUGGUCAGCCCGGUAGGAAUAUCUCGCUGUCAAAUGAAGAUCGCCCGAGCAGCCUCGGUCGAUCACCUGCGUUUUAGUGCCUCCUGUCAGGUGGGAGAGGUUGAAAGCGAGACCACAGCCAGGCAAGCAGAUAAAAAGGAGAACAGAAGUCCACGUCAGUUGGUCCUAGGGCAGACACGGGGACGCCGAUCAAGGACGCAGGAAGGUAGUUGUAUGGCAAUGCCUCCGAAGGGCCCUAGACUAGGCAAGAAGGUACAGGUGGGGAAGCCGUGGACAGAACUGAAGGAGCUUCCGCCUUUUUCACCCCCGCCCACCACAGAGUUUGCUGUCCAGACUCUCCUAGUCGAUGUAGCCGACUCUGCUAGCUCGCCACCGCAUGAUUACAUCAAUCUGGAGAGUCUCCGCCUUCAACCCGUCAUCCAGUCCUUUGAUAUGUUCACACAAACCGAGUUGCCUGCGGAACCAGAGGACUUUGUUGUGGUGCAAGAGGCACCAAUUGUUGCAAGCGCCGUGCCAAUAGCCUUACUGGAAUCCCCGGAUUCAGAGGAGAUGGCCCUGUCCCAGGCCGCACUUAGGCCGCCACCACCAGAGUAUAAAACCGCCGUGGCCCAGUGGUCUCCCGAUUUAACAGAAACGGCUGUGCAGAACUCGGCUGUAGUCCUCUUUGACGUUGGAACCCAGUCAGAGGCAAUGGCGGCAAAAAGCGGGGAAUCGAAGCCUUGUCAAACUGAAGAGGAGAAGGAAAAGGCUUCAUCACGACUUGCAAGUCUCUCCUGUGAGUUGCACUUUGCACCGCCACUUGGCACCGAUGCCAAACAACUCUACUCGAGUCCGGUGGCUGUGGACGAGAGUGAUGAUCAGCACCUCAAAUUCCGCAUCAAUUUUGAGGAACUGCAGGCCAGUACUCUGUCACCGAGGCCGGUUCGCUCCCGGACACCCGCAAACGACAACCGACGACGGAUCUGUUCGAUGGAUGAGGCAGCCUUGCAGGAGGCCAAACGGAAUGAUUUCAUGUAG